CUUUGGGCCUCCUCGUCUCCCGCCCGACGGGCCGGCGGCGGCAGCCGGGAAAUGGUCCGGGCCUAGCGGAGCAGCGAACGGAGGGAACCUAGAAACAAGAGCAAAGCUGAGGUCUAACUACGAUAGAGGAUGGACACCAAAGAAGCUGUGUUGGGGACAAAAACAAAGCAAAAUAAGCAACAUGAACCGUGAAGACCGGAAUGUGCUGCGUAUGAAAGAAAGGGAAAGGCGAAAUCAAGAAAUUCAACAGGGCGAAGAAGUCUUUCCACCUAACUCUCCUCUCUUUGCUGAACCAUAUAAAGUUACCAGCAAAGAAGAUCAACUGUCUAACCGUAUUCAGAGCAUGCUUGGAAAUUAUGAUGAAAUGAAGGAUCUUAUAGGAGACAGAUCUCUACAAAAGCUUGUUGGUAUUCCCAAACCAACAGUACCAUCAACGCCAGAUGAAAAAUCAAACCAAAGUUUCUUUGGUGAACAGAGACACAGUACCAGCUCUCAUCAGAGCAGCAAAUGGACUCCUGUAGGACCAGCACCUAGCACUUCCUCCCAAUCGCAGAAACGGUCCUCCGGUUUACAAACUGGACACAGUAGUCAGCGGAGCAGUGGCAAUAACACUAGCAGCAGUGGCCAGAGGCAUGACCGUGACUCAUAUGGUGGUAGUAGCAGCAGCCGCAAAAAAAGCCAGCACGGAUCAGAACACUCCAAAUCCCGUUCUUCCAGCCCUGGAAAACCACCUGCUGUUUCUUCAUUGAGCUCCAGCCAUUCCAGGUCUCAUGGAAGUGAUCAUCAUAGCAAGGAACAUCAGCGCUCAAAAUCUCCACGGGAUCCUGAUGCCAACUGGGACUCACCUUCCCGUGUACCUUCAUUUUCAAGUGGACAGCACUCUAACCAGUCUUUUCCUCCUUCACUAAUGUCCAAGUCCAGUUCAAUGUUGCAGAAGCCCACUGCCUAUGUAAGGCCCAUGGAUGGACAGGAGUCUAUGGAACCAAAGUUGUCCUCUGAACACUACAGUAGUCAAACUCAUAGCAACAGCAUGAGUGAGCUGAAGCCUAGCAGCAAAGCACAUCUAACCAAGCUUAAAAUACCUUCUCAACCACUAGAUGCAUCAGCAUCUGGUGAUGUGACCUGUGUGGAUGAAAUUCUAAAAGAGAUGACCCACUCUUGGCCUCCCCCUCUGACUGCUAUUCAUACACCAUGCAAAACAGAGCCAUCAAAAUUUCCUUUUCCAACUAAGGAGACUCAACAGUCCACUUUUGGCACUGGAGAGCAGAAAAGAUAUAAUCCCUCAUCAAAAACGUCCAAUGGCCAUCAAUCGAAAUCAUGUGAAUCAAACCAAACAGAUAUGUUGAAAGAUGACUUAAAACUCAGCAGCAGUGAAGACAGUGAUGGUGAACAGGAUUCUGAUAAGAUAGUGCCAAGGAGUACACCUGGAAGUAAUUCUGAACCUUCACAGCAUAAUAGUGAAGGAGCAGAUAAUUCCAGGGAUGACUCAAGCAGCCAUAGUGGAUCUGAAAGCAGUUCUGGAUCUGACUCUGAAAGUGAAAGUAGUUCCAGUGACAGUGAGGCUAAUGAGCCAUCCCAGAGUGCAUCUCCAGAGCCUGAGCCACCACCAACAAACAAAUGGCAACUUGACAACUGGUUGAACAAAGUGAAUCCGCAUAAAGUGUCACCAGCUUCUUCUGUGGACAGUAAUAUCCCAUCUUCACAAGGCUACAAAAAAGAUGGCCGAGAUCAGAGUUCCGGGAAUGGGUAUACGGAUCAAAGUGGGUCGAAAGAAUCCAUUUCCUCCACUCCUGGGCGAGAUUCCAAAACCACCCAAAAAGGAUCGGAAAGCAGUCGUGGCAGGCAGAAGUCACCUGCACAGAGUGAUAGCACAAUACAGAGGAGGACUGUUGGUAAAAAGCAGCCCAAGAAGGCAGACAAGACAGCUAUUGAAGAGCCCAGAGGAGGGCUUAAAAUAGAAAGCGAAACCCCAGUAGACAUUGCAACAAAUAUGCCCUCAAACAGGCAUAAGGCAGCCACAAAGGGCUCUAGAAAACCCAACAUAAAGAAGGAGCCCAAAUCUUCCCCUCGGCCUACAGCAGAGAAAAAGAAAUAUAAGGCUUCAAGCAAACCUUCCCAGAAAUCCAGGGAAUUCAUAGAAACAGAUACCUCAUCCUCUGACUCUGAUGAAAACGAGAGCCUGCCUCCUUCAUCACAAACCCCCAAAUACUCUGAGAGCAAUAGGACUCCUGUUAAGUCUUCCAUGGAGGAGGAUGACAGCUUUUUUCGGCAAAGAAUGUUCUCUCCUAUGGAAGAGAAGGAACUUCUUUCACCACUCAGUGAUCCAGAUGAACGGUAUCCACUUAUUGUGAAGAUCGAUCUGAGCCUCUUAUCAAGAAUACCAGGGAAGCCUUACAAGGACACAGACCCACCCAAAGUGGAGAAGAAAAAUGUGCCAGAGAAGCAUACAAGAGAGUCCCAAAAAACAGCCUCAGACAAAAAUUCCACCAAGGGCAAAAGGAAACAUAAGAAUGAUGAUGAAAACAGAGCCAGCGAAGGCAAGAAAACUAAACUGGAAGAAAAGUCUUCAUCAGGCCACAAGGCCUCCAGCAAUAGAGAGUCUUCAAAGCAAAGUGCAGGUAAAGAGAAGGAUCUGCUCCCUUCUCCUGUGGCCCCUGUCCUUCAGAAAGAUUCCAAACAAGAUCAUGGGUCCCGGAAGAGAACAGUCAGUCAAUCUUCUUCCUUAAAAUCAAGCAGCAACAGUAAUAAGGAGAGUAGCAGCAGCAAAAGUAACUCAUCUUCCAAACAAAAAAAGACAGAAGGGAAGGCUUCUAGCAAUGCCAGGGAAGUCAAGGAAAAGGUUCUAAACAGUUCAUCGAACUGCCCUCCUGCAUCUACCCCAGCUACAGACAGCUCAAAGUCCCGAAGAGCAAAGCUUGUUUUUGAUGACAGGAUGUACUCGGCCGAUCAUUAUUUACAAGAAGCAAAGAAGUUAAAGCACAAUGCAGAUGCAUUGUUUCAUUCUCUUCAGUCUGACAGGUUUGAGAAAGCUGUUUUCUAUCUUGAUGCUGUAGUGUCUUUCAUCGAAUGUGGGAAUGCAUUGGAGAAAAAUGCUCAGGAAUCCAAGUCCCCGUUCCCUAUGUAUUCAGAAACUGUGGAAUUAAUCAAAUACACUAUGAAACUGAAAAAUUAUUUGGCACCAGAUGCUACGGCUGCAGAUAAAAGGCUAGCAGUGCUUUGUCUUCGAUGCCAGUCCCUGUUGUAUCUAAGGCUUUUCAAACUGAAGAAGGAGAGUGCAUUGAAAUACUCUAAAACACUGACAGAACAUCUAAAGAAUUCCUAUAAUAACUCUCAAGCACCGUCACCUGGCAUGGGAAGCAAACCUGUUGGUAUGCCAUCUCCGGUCUCUCCGAAGCUGUCUCCAGGAAAUUCAGGAAAUUACUCUUCGGGGGCAACCAACCCUUCAGGGAGCAGUUCUUCUGUGACUAUUCCACAGAGAAUCCACCAGAUGGCAGCCAGCUAUGUCCAGGUUACAUCCAACUUUCUCUAUGCCACUGAAAUUUGGGACCAAGCUGAACAGCUUUCUAAAGAGCAAAGAGAGUUCUUUGCUGAACUGGAUAAAGUUAUGGGCCCUCUGAUCUUUAAUUCGAGCAUCAUGACAGACCUAGUGCGUUACACCCGACAGGGAUUACAUUGGUUGCGUCUGGAUGCUAAGUGA